AUGUCAGUUGUUAGAUCGGAGCACAACGGAGCUGUUGUUUCCUCAAGGAAGCAAGAUAGAAAACGCGCCAAGCGUCUCAAAAAGUUGCAGAAUGUGGCCAUCGCUAAACAUCAGCCGAUAGAAAAAGUAAUGCUGGAAGCCCUUAGUAGCAAGAAGAAAUCAAAGAAGAAGAAGAGGGCUCGACUAAAUGAUUCAAGUGAUGAAUUGGGAAAUAAAAGACUGUUGACUUCUCCCGAAGACGAGUCAUUGUCCAAACAUGGCAAAAAUAAACACCAGAUUGAAAACGACUCCGAAUCCGAUUCAGAUGAGAAUCUCACGUAUGAGCAAUAUCUCAAAGAAGUCAAGGAUAAAAGGCUGAAAUUGGUUAUGGAAAGGGAUGAUGCAGCACAGGACGACAUUGACAUUCAUCGUUAUUCAAAAUUGCUCGGUAUAAAGGGAGGGAACAAAUCUAGGAAAUUGAAGUCUUUCACCAAUGACGGAUUGGACUAUUUGCUCGAUUUUUGCGAAAGUGAUGACCGCAAGGGAAUAUUGGCUUCAACAACUGAUCAGGAAAUGGCUUUGAAAGGAGGAGACUUAAUGGAUGAAGAUGAAGAAGACCUUAUUAGUGAUGGCGAUCCAGAAUUUAAUCUUGAAGAAAACGUCGCCUACAUGGAGUGUGAUGAAGAGGCGGAAAUAGAUGAUGAAGAAGAGGCCAAUGGUGAGGGCGAGAAUGAGACUGGAGAUAGCAGCGACGACGACAUUCGAGAAGAUAUUUACGGUCGGACUAUAGAUAGGAAAACUGGUAAAAUUGUUGGGGCUGAUCCUAAGGCCGCUCUUAAGAAACUGAAAGAUCUCGGAGGCGAAGAAAACGAAAGUGAAUCGAAAAUGCAAAUCGAUCGUGCGCUAAUGGGAACUAUCAACAGACUAUCAGAAGGUACUCUGAUUAGGAGUCAGCAAGUUGUCUCAGAGUUUUGGCAGAAUCAUUCAAAAAACGACGUGAAGUCGUGCUUAACACAGAUCAUGCUUCGGUUAAUCCGAUCUCCUUAUCGUCUGCAAGAUCAGCUGCUCUCUCUGUAUGCCCUCUUCACUGCUCACAUACAUGCUUUCAUUAGCGAUGAAAUAUCGGCAUUUUUUGUCGAAUCGUUUUUACGUGAAUUCGUGGAGCAAAUUUCACAACCUCAGAAUGCUGAUGACAAGAAACUCGAGAAUAGUGUGAUAUUUAUGGCUCAUCUACUCAAUUUUCAUGUCUUAAAGAUGCCGGUGAUUGUGGAAGUGCUUCAGAAGUUGCGGGAAAAACUCAGCGUUGACAAUCUUCAACUGAUCGUUAUUCUUGCUAGUUAUUCUUACAAAGCACUCCGCCGUCACUAUUGGUCAGCGUUUUCGGAAGAAUUGUCAGCCAUUUCAAAAACGUUUGAAUCAGCUGUGUUUGCUGGCCUGCCAAGAGCUAAGUUUCUUGGAGAGAACUUGUUGGCCCUACAGAAGGCUGCGCCAACCAAUAUAGACUCGUCGAUAACGGAACAUCAUUUGAAGCUUUUUCAUGGACUGCGUAAAAAAAAUAAAGUAGUGUGUGAUCAGGAAUUGGCGGGCUCAUCCACUAGCGGAGCACACCAAACAACUGCCCAUUCAUUUCCUGAAGAAAUAGUCCAAUUGGCUCGGCGAGCAAAAAUGAACACUGAAAUACGUAGAAAUGUGUUUUGUACAAUAGCGACUUCGAAUGACGACGACAGUGCGUUUGAGCGUCUCUUGCGACUUUCGCUCAAGGGACAACAAGAAAGAGAGAUCAUUUAUGUGCUAAUAAUGAUGAGCCUCAGAGAAAAGGCUUUCAACCCCUUUUAUCCUACCUUAAUUGCUCGGUUCUGCGAAUUCGACAAAAGAUUCGUUCUGACGACACAGUAUGCGCUUUGGGAUCGAAUUCGUGGUACUGAUGCAUUGAAACUUCGUGCUCGAUGUAGACUCGCGGAUCUCAUUCACCACCUUAUUUCUCAUGAAACGCUAUCUAUUACUGUGCUCAAGGUUGUGGAGUGGGGCACAUUGUCUGGAGCGGUCUCUUCUGUGAUUCGUCGCAUCUUCAAGCAACUAUCGAGCUGUCCCUUCCGGAAACUCUAUAGAAUCUUCAAUCCUCUAUUCGUUAAAGAUAAGAAUCCAUUGUUAACAGAAGGCAUGGAAGACUUCGCCAUAUAUAACAUCCCUUAUAUGGAUAUUGACUGGCAUUCCAUACAACCGACUUUUUUCCAUGAAGGGAACUCAAGCAAUAAACAGUGGGUAAACGAAAUUGAGACGUCCACGAUGGGUUUGUGCGAAAAUGUGAACUACGAAAACACGAGGCCCGUUUCCGCAUAUGCAAUGUUCUUUAAAGAGCGACAAAUCAUGGUUAAGAAAUCAUUCCCGCAGGCAACAUUUGGUGACAUUUCAAGGAUCGUCGCAGCAGAAUGGGAUUCUCUCGAGAGAAAUGAGAAGUCGGCAUACAAACGGCGAGCAGACCAACUGCGUAAAAUGCACAUUAAAAUGGCUGUCAAAGAAAAAGUGCAACGAAUUUGCAGCAGCAGCGGCAGCAGCGUGGAGAAGGAAGACGAUAAAGGACUGAUCGAAGAGAAUAAGAAAAAAAGAAUGACGAAGCCAUUGACAAUGCGCCUAAAUUCGAACAACGAAUCCAUGUAA